AUGCUUAAGUUGUACAACUACGAUGACACGGCAUAUGUUGGUACCAUUACGAUCGGAUCUCCAGAUCAAACUUUCAAGGUUGUUCUGGACACUGGCUCAACUCAACUUUGGAUCCCAGAUUACACAUGCGCAGCAAACACGCCAGAGGUAUGCGAUGAGUCCAUAUGCGAUCCUGGAGUAGCCUGUCAAGUGUUUUGUCCUGAGAAGGUUUGUUGCAAAACAAAUCCAUGUAGAGGAAAGAACUUUUUCGCUUCAACUGAAUCGUCUACCUACAUUCCGAUGAACGGAACGUGGAGAAUCUCUUAUGGAGAAGGUAGCGCAGAAGGCUUUUAUGGAAACGACACAGUUCGAUUUGGAGAAGUUGGAACUAAGCAGCUUGAAGUACAUGGCUCGCAGUUCGGUCAAGCAGACAAAAUUGCGGAUGUCUUUACCGACGUAAGAGUUUAA